GAACCGGCUCCCCAAGAGGCUGUUGCGUGGAGACAGACUCAUGAGAGCUUUGCAUGCUCUCCAGCGCAGGAGUCUGAAUAGCAAGAGUGAGGCUGGAGAGAAAAACCGUUCUGGGGCUGGACCCAGCAACUGCUCCAUGAAUCUCACUGGACCUGCCUGCCGCCCAGAAAUGACCACUUGCAUUUCUCCAUGCUUCACCUGGUGGGGAGACAGGUAGCCUGGGACAGCCUGCCAAGGAAGGACCUCCCUGAGUCUCUCAUCCCCUGGCUGAAGUCUCUGUCUUCCCAGCGGUGGCUGUGUCCACCCACACGUGCAGUUGGUACCCGCAUCCCAGGCUGAAGAAGUCAAGAAACCAGCAGCUGGGUGAGUGGUAGCCUUCAGAUAAGCGUCUGUGUCUCUGUGGGGACUCCCAGGGCCCCCCCGCACAUGGGACACCUGUCCACUGUCCACCAUGGACAACGGGUCGUGCUGCCUCAUCGAGGGGGACCCCAUCUCUCAGGUGAUGCCACCGCUGCUGAUCCUGGCCUUCGUGCUGGGCGCACUGGGCAAUGGCAUGGCCCUCUGUGGUUUCUGCUUUUACAUGAAGACCUGGAAGCCGAGCACUAUUUACCUUUUUAACCUGGCCGUGGCCGACUUCCUUCUCAUGAUCUGCCUGCCCUUCCGGACAGACUACUACUGGAGACACAGGCAAUGGGCCUUUGAGGACAUUCCGUGUCGGGUGGCGCUCUUCAUGCUGGCCAUGAACAGGGCUGGGAGCAUCAUCUUCCUCACUGUGGUGGCGGUGGACAGGUACUUCAAAGUGGUCCACCCCCACCACGUGCUGAACACCAUCUCCAACCGGACAGCGGCUGGCAUCGUCUGUGCCCUUUGGAUCAUGGUCAUCCUGGGCACUCUCUACCUUUUGAUGGAGAACCAUCUGUGCGUGCAUGAGAAGACCAUAUCUUGUGAGAGCUUCAUCAUGGAGUCAGCCAAUGGCUGGCACGACAUCAUGUUCCAGCUGGAGUUCUUCCUCCCUCUCGGCAUCAUCCUGUUCUGCUCCUUCAAGAUUAUUUGGAGUCUGAAGCAGAGGCGGCAGCUGGCCAGGCAGACUCGGAUGAAGAAGGCUACCCGGUUCAUCAUGGUUGUGGCGGUUGUGUUCAUCACGUGCUACCUGCCCAGCGUGUCGGCCAGACUCUAUUUCCUCUGGACUGUGCCCUCGAGUGCCUGCGACCCCUCUGUCCACGUAGCCCUCCACAUCACCCUCAGCUUCACCUACAUGAACAGCAUGCUGGAUCCUCUGGUGUAUUAUUUUUCGAGUCCUGUAUUCCCCAAAUUCUACACCAAGCUCAAGAUCCGCGGUUUGCGACCAAAGAGUCCAGGGCACUCCAAGACCCAGAGGCCGGAAGAGAUGCCAAUCCCAAAGCUCUGUCGCAAGAGUUGUGUCCAUGUGGCAAACAGCUUCCAGAGCCAAUCCAAUGAGCAGCAGGAUCUUCAAAUGUGUGGAAUGGCACUGAAACAGGCAGACAGUCAAGACCCAAGGAGGACAGACGAACGGACUUAGAAAUAGUUCAUGCCAAGGGGGUGAGAAGGCUUUGAAAAUGCCACCCUUCCUCAGCUGUAUCCUCCUCACUCUAUCUGGAAGUGGAAUCCAGGUCACUGUGGCUUUUUGGAAGGUUCCAGUUGAGAAGUGAGUGGGUUACCUUUCUAGGACCCAGUUACAAGGACAGGACAGUAUGUGCACAGAACGGAGCGUGUGUGUAUUGGGUGGGGCUAUGGCAAGAGCUCAGUUCCUGGGCAGUUUCAAGUGGCUGAGUAAAUAGGUACCAAUAUGUACACCGGACAUAUCCUUUUCCUGGGAGCAUCAGUGAACUUAAUGACUUAGCAGUAUUUCCUAUCCUCUGACCUUAAGUUGUUACUUGUUUUGGAAAGUAGAUUCCAGAGUAAGUCAACAGCUUGAUAUUAGGCUGAGUGAGGCUCUUCAGAGGGAGUUGUCUUGAUCCUGACGAAUUUCAUCUUCACAGGGCCUCUCUGUAUGGCUCUGAUUUCUCAGUAGCCCAAGAAGAAGGGCAGCAAAACCAUCUGCUCUGAUCUUCUCUGACCUCUGCAUUUUUCUGCAAGCCUUUGCAUUUCAAAGAAGGUGCUGAGGGAUAUGUUUCCAGGGAGAGCUGAGCGCUUGAAAAAAAAUCCCAUUGGCCUUUGCAAAGGGCUGAGCCCAGGGUGAUUGCUUCUGACUGCUUGUUAUAUGACUACGAGUUGAGAUUACUUAUUCAUUCAUUUUCCAAGUAUCUACUGAAUUCAUAUACAUGCUGGGCACUGUGCUAGUCUCCCUUUUACCUGGAGGGUUGUUAGUUAAGCCCUGUGUGACAGCAAAGUAUCUGGGGGCGGGGGGGGGGCAAACAGAAAGGUUAAUACUCUCUCUCUUACUAACCUCUCAGGGAAUAUAGUUUCUAGACCUGUUCAUUGCAAACAUCAGUAUGUUCCUCUCGUUUCAGAUUUCUGUACAAACACUAAAGGGUGGGAAGGGUGAUGCCCCUUAUGCACAUGAAUUUCCCACACGUGUACUUGGAGCCCUCAAAACUGAAUGAUUCUAUGAAAUGACAGGCUGCCCCGGCCCUGGAUUAGGGGGAAGGAGUCCAAGCCAUCUUUAGCUCUGUUCUCAAGCCACAGAGUGGUGAAAGUCAUUCUUGGCUCUUUUGUUUACACAUUCUCAAAUUUCCAGGGUACUCUCUGCCCCAGAUGACCUUACCAGAUUUUAGUUCUUUGGCCUUGAAACACUCCUAUCAGCUGUUUUUAUUAUUUCCUUUUGCAGAGGCACUCCAUACCCAGCAAUGAAAAGUAUGGGCUCUGGAAAGUCAGAUGAACCUAAAUUUGAAUCCCUGCUCAACCACUUACUAGGUGUAUAAUCUGAGGACAGGUUUUUUUUUAAGAAAUUUAUUUUUUUAUUGGUGUUCAAUUUGCCAACAUAUAGAAUAACACCCAGUGCUCAUCUCGUCAAGUGCCCACCUCAGUGUCUGUCACCCAGUCGCCCCCACCUCCCACCCACCUCCCCUUUCACUACCCCUAGUUCGUUUCCCAGAGUUAGGCGUCUCUCAUGUUCUGUCUCCCUCUCUGAUUUUUCCCACUCAUUUUUUCUCCUUUCCUCUUUAUUCCCUUUCACUAUUUUUUAUAUUCCCCAAAUGAAUGAGACCAUAUAAUGUUUGUCCUUCUCCGAUUGACUAACUUCACUCAGCAUAAUACCCUCCAGGUCCAUCCACGUCGAAGCAAAUGGUGGGUAUUUGUCAUUUCUAAUGGCUGAGGAAUAUUCCAUUGUAUACAUAGACCACAGCUUCCUUAUCCAUUCAUCUUUCGAUGGACACCGAGGCUCCUUCCACAGUUUGGCUAUUGUGGACAUUGCUGCUAGAAACAUCGGGGUGCAGGUGUCCCGGCGUUUCACUGCAUCUGUCUCUUUGGGGUAAAUCCCCAGCAGUGCAACUGCUCGGUCGUAGGGCAGAUCAAGUUUUAACUCUUUGAGGAACCUCCACACAGUUUUCCAGAGUGGCUGCACCAGUUCACAUUCCCACCUGAGGGCAGAUUUUAUUUAAACCUUCAGCUUCCAUUUUUUUCAUAUGUCAAACAGAAGUAACAAUAACGUAGAUGUCAAGAGGUUGGUGGGCAGAUUCCAUGAACGUAAGCUCCCGAAGCACAGGGGUGCUUUUUAAAAUUUUUUUUAAAUUUAAAUUCAAUUUGCCAUUAUAUAGUAUAACACUCACUCCCCAUCCCAUCAAGUGCCCUCCUUAGUGCCUGUCACCCAGUCACCCCAUCCCCCCACUCACCUCCCCUUCUGCAACCCUUUGUUUCCCAGAGUUAGGAGUCUCUCAUGGUUUGUCUUCAAGCAUAGGGAUUCUGUUCACUGUUAUGCCUCCAGUGCCUAGAAGAGUGCCCGCACAUAGGUGCUCAAUACACAAGUGCAGAUGGAGCAUUAAGUUCUGUGUCUGGCAGGAAGUACUCAAUAUUAUGACUUCUGACAUUAAUGCAGUUUGCACACAAAGAUGAUGAGGCAUAGAAGCCAUUUCCCUCGGAGUUUGCCACCCCAAGUAGCUGCUGUACUGUCACUACCUGAAUUUCCUCACUCCCCAGCUGCCUGGGGAGGAGUGAAAGCAGGAUUCUUAUCUGCCUCAGAGAACCAUAUAUCCUCCAAAAAGAAAUCUGUGGAAGCCCCACACUUCUGCUUUUGAUUCUAUCCCUGCUCAUAAUUCAUUCCUGGGCUGCUCCUCUGUUGCUUCAUUUUAAU